CUUCCUCACCACUCCUCCCACCUCCCAUCGAAACACCGCCACACCCCUCCCCGUCGAAGCAAGCAGCAGCAGCAAGCAGCGGCGUCCAUGGCCCCCAAGGCGGAGAAGAAGCCGGUGGCGGAGAAGGCAGAGAAGAGCACGGCCGGGAAGAAGACCAAGGCCGAGAAGCGGCCGCCGGCUUCGAAGGAGGGCGGCGAGAAGAAGGGCAAGAAGAAGUCCAAGAAGAGCGUCGAGACUUACAAGAUCUACAUCUUCAAGGUGCUCAAGCAGGUGCACCCCGACAUCGGCAUCUCCUCCAAGGCCAUGUCUAUCAUGAACUCCUUCAUCAACGAUAUCUUCGAGAAGCUCGCCGGCGAGUCCGCCAAGCUCGCGCGCUACAACAAGAAGCCCACCAUCACGUCCAGGGAGAUCCAGACCUCCGUCCGCCUCGUCCUCCCCGGCGAGCUCGCCAAGCACGCUGUGUCUGAGGGCACCAAGGCCGUGACCAAGUUCACCUCCGCUUAGAUAGUCUGUUCGCUGUCUUCUUGGUGGAUCGAUGGUUUUCUCUGUAAUAGUCAGCUGCUGGGAUCAUGUUGUCUUGUAAUUUGUGCUGGUUGUGUGGAAACACACUGUUUCAUUGUCUCGUGAAAUAGUAAUGGUGCUUCUUUGAUC